AGUCCUCCGCUCAACUUCACUCGAGACAUCGAUCGUGGUCGAUCGACUCAAUCUUUCCUCCCUUGCUCUGUUUCUCGCCAAGCCAGGAGCUUGGCCGGUGUUCUGGAACACCCUGGUCUCUGUCCGGUCCCGAGCGGGAUACGAUCACGCACGCAGCAAGGGUACCCCUGAACGCCCCUCCGCACCCAGGCUGCCCAGCAAGGCACGGCAAGUUGCAACCCAACCUGCAGUGGCCGACAACAAAGGCCCCAAGGAAACUCCACGCGAUGCAGACGCGUGCUGCUUGUGUACAUGCGGCUGCUACAUUUAGCCGGGGGAGCCCACAUGCGAGCGGGUGGGCGAAUCCCAUUUUCGUUUUCCAUUUUUCAACCUUCUUUUGUGUGGUCCCUUUCAUCCAACAGCAACAAGAGGAGAUUCUUCGUUUGGCUCCUAGCAUCGAGCUCCUUGAUAUUAGUUCACAUAUACCGGCACUUCACUUACAAGACCAGCCCUCUUCACUUGCGUCUCCUGAUCCAGCACUAUCCACCGUCGAAUAUCAGACUCGCUCCGGCAUUCCAACCAAUCGUUAGUCAAGCUCACGCUGAGCUUGUUGACACCUGCGGCACGGAGGAGCUGGAAUGCUGGUGUCUGAUUCAGAAUCCAGUCAUCACUCGCAAGACGGCUGGUAAACAGCAACCGGCUUAUAACGUCACUGCUUCCUGGCACUGCUUAGGCCCGAAGCUUGCUCAGAGCGUUUGGACGUUUCCGCCUAGGGACCAGGCCUUCAAACACGCACUGCGGCUGGCCGACGAACAAUCAACGCUUAUUCGGCUUCUGAAAGAGCAGUCGAACGGUGUAAAGGAAAGCUUGUGGAGGGUUUGAAAGAGGGAGGAACUCGUUAGGCAGGAGGUGUUUGGGCGACGAUUCCGGAGGCCUGCGCGCUGGGUUCCCGUUUGCGAUCAGUCUUGAACGCCGGGG